AUGACCGCUGCAAUAAAUAUCCCCGCUUCACGCACUAACUUCAACGUCGUCUCUGCCUCCGUCUCCAUGUCUCCCCCGACCUCCACCAUUCACGAGCGAUUACGCCGUGACUCGAUAGGUUUGCCUGCUAUUCGAGCCCCAAGGGUCUUGCAUCCCAUCGAGAACGAGGAUCUGAGGCUCCUUCUCCUCGAAAAUAUCAGCCAGGAAGCCGUCAAGGCUUUCCGUGCUCAGGGUUUCCAUGUCGAUCACUUCACCAAGGCGAUGUCGGAGGACGAAUUGCUGCAAAAAAUCGGCUCCUACCAUGCCAUAGGCAUUCGUAGCAAAACCAAAAUUACAGAGCGUGUCAUCAAGGCAGCCUCGAAGCUUCUGGUAGUUGGGUGCUUCUGCAUCGGUACGAACCAAGUCGAUCUCUUGACCUCUGCAAAGGCUGGGAUUCCCGUCUUCAACUCUCCGUUCUCCAACUCGCGCUCUGUCGCCGAGCUUGUGAUGUCCGAGAUCAUUGCGCUCUCACGUCAGUACUUUCAGCGUGCCUGGGAGUUGCGCGAGGGUCUUUGGAACAAACAGUCCAAGGGUUGUUGGGAAGUUCGUGGCAAGACCCUCGGUAUCAUCGGGUACGGACACAUUGGCUCGCAGCUCUCCGUCCUCGCCGAGGCUUUCGGUAUGCGCGUCGUUUUCUAUGACGUCCUCAACAUCAUGCCUUUGGGCUCAGCACGCCAGCUUGACACCCUCACUGCUCUGCUCAACGACUCUGACUUUGUCACCCUACACGUUCCCGAGCUUCCCGAGACGACGAACAUGAUUUCCACCGAGCAGCUUGUCCAGAUGAAGAAGGGCGCAUAUAUCAUUAAUAACUCGCGCGGACGGGUUGUCGACAUACCCGCGCUCAUCUCGGCGCUCGAGAGCGGGCAUCUCGCGGGUGCGGCGCUCGAUGUUUACCCCGCGGAGCCGGGUUCGAACGGUUCUCCGUUUGAUGACCAGCUCAACUCGUGGGCGAGCACACUCCGCUCAAUCCCCAAUGUGAUCCUGACACCACAUAUCGGCGGCUCCACGGAGGAGGCGCAGCGCAUGAUUGGCGAGGAGGUCUCCUCUGCCUUAGGUCGCUACCUCAACUAUGGCUCGACGGUGGGGUCGGUCAACUUCCCCGAGGUGGACCUACGCGCCAUUACUGCCGAGCAGGGCACCCACGUUCGUGUAUGCCAUGUGCAUAACAACAUCCCCGGUGUGCUCCGGCAGGUCAACGAGGUGCUGUCGCCGUACAAUGUUGAGAAGCAGUACUCGGACUCGAAGGGCGACAUUGCGUACCUCAUGGCAGAUAUCGCAGACGUCAGUCCUACCGAUGUCAAUAAGCUGCGGGAGCUCAUCAGCCAGACUAAGCCCAACAUCCUCACGCGCCUGCUGGCGUAG